GGGGCCAGUGGGGAGAUCCGUGAAGCCGGGCCUGGGCUGCUGGGUGGUCGUCGCUAGUGGAUGGUCAUUGCCUGCCUCGCGCGAGCAAGAAGGUGCACCUGUUGUCCUUAACUGACUUUCCUGGUCAUCAGCAGUCUUUCAGAAGUGUUCCAUUUCCCUCUCAGCAAAAAUGGAAGACUGGCUAUCCUGACUUUCUCAGACAUUCUGUGCUGUGACUUCUACUCUGCUAACAGCUAAAAUGAAACAGUUGCCUGCAGCAACAGUCCGCCUCCUUUCAAGUUCUCAGAUCAUCACUUCAGUGGUCAGUGUUGUAAAAGAGCUCAUUGAAAACUCCUUGGAUGCUGGUGCCACAAGCAUAGAUGUUAAACUUGAAAACUAUGGAUUUGAUAAGAUUGAGGUGCGAGAUAAUGGUGAGGGUAUCAAGGCUGUUGAUGCACCUGUGAUGGCAAUGAAAUACUACACCUCAAAAAUAAGUAGCCAUGAAGACCUUGAAAACUUGACGACUUACGGUUUUCGUGGAGAAGCCUUGGGAUCAAUUUGUUGUGUAGCUGAGGUUUUAAUUACAACAAGGACGGCUGCUGAUAAUUUUAGCACCCAGUAUGUUUUAGAUGGCAGUGGUCACAUACUUUCUCAAAAACCUUCACAUCUUGGUCAAGGUACGACUGUAACUGCUUUAAGAUUAUUUAAGAAUUUACCUGUAAGAAAACAAUUUUACUCAACUACUAAAAAAUGUAAAGAUGAAAUUAAAAAGGUCCUGGAUCUGCUCAUAAGCUAUGGUGUCCUUAAACCUGACUUGAGGAUUGUUUUUGUACAUAACAAGGCAGUUAUUUGGCAGAAAACUAGAGUAUCGGAUCACAAGAUGGCUCUCAUGUCAGUUUUGGGGACUGCCAUUAUGGGCAAUAUGGAAUCCUUUCAGUACCACUCCGAAGAAUCUCAGAUUUAUCUAAGUGGAUUUCUUCCAAAGCACGAUGCAGACCACUCUUUCACAAGUCUCUCAACCCCAGAAAGGAGUUUCAUCUUUAUAAACAGUCGACCAGUACAUCAUAAAGACAUAUUAAAGUUAAUCCGACAUUAUUACAAUCUGAAGUGCCUAAAGGAAUCUACUCGUUUGUAUCCCAUUUUCUUUCUGAAAAUUGAUGUUCCUACAGCUGACGUGGAUAUAAAUUUAACACCAGAUAAAAGUCAAGUAUUAUUACAGAAUAAGCCUCAGAACAGCAGGUAUGAAGAGAAGGCUGCUAAAGACUUGGAACGAUACAAUGGUCAAAUGAAGAGAGCCAUUGAACAAGAGUCACAAAUAUCAUUUAAAGAUGGCAGAAAAAAGAUAAAACCCAGCUCAUGGAAUUUGGCACAGAAGCACAAGUUGAAAACCUCAUUAUCUAAUCAGCCAAAACUUGAUGAGCUUUUUCAGUCCCAAAUUGAAAAAAAAAGUCAAAAUAUUAAAAUUGUACAGAUCCCCUUUUCUAUGAAAAACUUAAAAAUAAAUUUUCAGAAACAAAAGAAAUUUGACCUAGAAGAGAAAGAUGAGCUUUGCUUGAUCCACAAUCUCAGGUUUCCUGAUGCAUGGCUAAUUACAUCCAAAACAGAGGUAAUGUUAUUAAAUCCGUAUAGAGUAGAAGAAGCCCUGCUAUUUAAAAGACUUCUUGAGAAUCAUAAAAUUCCUGCGGAGCCACUGGAAAAGCCAAUUAUAUUAACAGAGAGUCUUUUAAAUGGAUCUCAUUAUUUAGAGAUUUUACAUAAAAUGACAGCAGAUGACCAGAGAUACAGUGAAUCAGCCUACCUGUCUGAUCCUCGUCUUACAGCAAAUGGUUUCAAGAUAAAAUUGAUACCAGGAGUUUCCAUUACUGAAAACUACUUGGAAAUAGAAGGAAUGGCUAACUGUCUCCCAUUCUAUGGAGUAAUGGACUUAAAAGAAAUUCUUGAUGCUAUAUUAAACAAAAAUGCAAAAGAAGUUUUUGAAUGUAGACCUCGAAAAGUGAUAAGUUAUUUAGAGGGAGAAGCAGUGCGUCUGUCUAGACAGUUACCCAUGCACUUAUCAAAAGAGGACAUCCAAGACAUUAUCUACAGAAUGAAGCACCAAUUUGGAAAUGAAAUUAAAGGGUGUGUUCAUGGUCGCCCAUUUUUUCAUCAUUUAACCCAUCUUCCAGAAACUACAUGA